CUCAUAGCAAAGGGUGUCAUCGAGGCGGACAACGAAAUUGUCGAUAAAUGGCUAUGCGUUCUACCAUUUGGCUAUCCAAUUCCAACAAUCGGCAGAGACGAUGAGUUGAGAAGAAUACAUCGAAUAUUGCAGGAGCACAAUCUUUAUUCGCGUGGUCGAUUCGGCGGGUGGAAAUACGAAAUUUCAAAUCAAGAUCACAGUUUCGCUAUGGGAAUGCAAUGGGUCAAUUAUUUGCUCUAUGGAAUUCCAGAAACUCUGUACACAUUAUAA